AUGACCUGGGAAAACCGUUCACUGUGGAUGGAAUUUGUGUUCCUGUCUUAUCCCUCCAACAGAGAGCUGUGUGUCCUCGCUUUCUUAGGAGUCACCCUAGUUUAUAUCUUCGUCAUUACAGGCAACUGCCUCAUCGUGGUGGCCAUCUGGACAGAAUCUCGCCUGCACACUCCCAUGUACUAUUUCCUGGGCUGCCUCUCGGUAGUGGAAAUAUGCUACACGGCUGUGGUGGUGCCACAUAUCCUGAUCAACAUUCUCCAGUCAGAGAAGACCAUUGGUCUCCUGGCCUGUGCCACCCAGAUGAUUUUCUUCAUCGGCUUUGGCAGUGCUGACUGCUUCCUCUUGGCUGCUAUGGCCUAUGACCGCUAUGUUGCCAUUUGCCACCCCUUGCAGUACCCUCUCAUCAUGACUUUAACUCUCUGCGUCCGCUUGGUGGUGGCCUCGGUGGUUGGUGGCCUGUUUUUGUCCUUGCAACUGGUGGCCUUCAUCUUCUCUUUUCCUUUUUGCCGGGCUCGAGGUAUCCAGCACUUCUUCUGCGACGUGCCCCCUGUGAUGCGUCUGGUUUGCACCAACAGUCACAUUCAUGAAAACUCCGUGCUGGUGGCAGCCACUCUGGCCAUCGCUGUGCCUUUCUUCUUCAUUGCCGCCUCCUAUAGCUUCAUUGUGAAUGCUGUGCUUAAGAUCAAUUCUGCAUCUGGCCGCCACCGGGCCUUCUCCACCUGCUCCUCUCACCUCAUGGUGGUCCUACUGCAGUAUGGCUGUUGCGCAUUCAUGUACCUGCGCCCCAACUCCAACUAUAACCCCAAGCAAGAUCAGUUCAUCUCAUUGGUGUACACCUUGGGAACCCCACUGCUCAACCCACUUAUUUACACUCUGAGGAACAAUGAGAUGAAAGGGACAUUAGGGAAAAUUCUAACCAGGAAUUACAUCCCCCAGAACAGCUAG